AUGAUGUCUGAAAAAGCCAUGGCUAAAUUAAUGAUCAUCAUGCUGGCAGUUUGUCUUCUCACCCAAACAGAUGGGAAACCUGUUAAGAAGAGAGCUGUCAGUGAAAUACAGCUUAUGCACAACCUGGGCAAACAUCUGGCCUCUAUGGAGAGGAUGCAAUGGCUGAGAAAGAAGCUGCAAGAUGUACACAAUUUUGUUAGCCUUGGAGUUCAAAUGGCAGCCAGAGAAGGUGGUUACCAGAGGCCCACCAAGAAGGAGGAAAAUGUCCUUGUUGAUGGCAAUCCAAAAAGUCUCGGAGAGGGAGACAAAGCUGAUGUGGAUGUAUUAGUUAAGGCUAAACCUCAAUAA